AGUGAGAGAGAGAGAGAGACUGGGUGGCAGAGAAAGAUAAAACCAACUAAUAAUAAAAACGGCAAUGGCGCCCGUCGGAUUGCCUCCUGGUUUCAGGUUUCAUCCCACCGAUGAAGAGCUUGUCAAUUACUAUCUCAAGAGAAAAAUCAAUGGCCAAGAGAUUGAACUCGACAUUAUUCCUGAAGUUGAUCUUUACAAAUGUGAGCCUUGGGAGUUAGCAGAGAAAUCAUUUUUACCAAGUAGGGAUCCGGAGUGGUACUUUUUCGGACCUCGGGACCGGAAGUAUCCGAACGGGUUCAGAACGAAUAGGGCAACACGAGCUGGAUACUGGAAAUCGACGGGAAAAGACCGGAGAGUUUCGUAUCAGAACCGAGCCAUCGGAAUGAAGAAGACAUUGGUUUAUUACAGAGGGCGAGCUCCUCAGGGAAUAAGAACUGAUUGGGUGAUGCAUGAGUAUCGCCUUGAUGACAAAGAGUGUGAAGACUCCACUGCUGCAAUUCAGGUAGAUUCUUAUGCAUUGUGUCGAGUUUUCAAGAAAAAUGGAAUAUGCUCUGAAGUAGAAGAUCAACAAGGGCAAUGUAGUAUAUCCUUAAUGGAGAGCUCGUCGCAAGGCGUAAUGACUGAUUAUGAAACACUGUCGCCGGAUGUGCAGCCGACAAUAACAUCCUCUGCAUGCAUCGACGAGGAAGAUAAAGAUGAUUCGUGGAUGCAAUUCAUCACUGAUGAUCCUUGGUGUUCUUCAAAUGUCGGUGUUGGUGGUAGUGGUUGGUGAAGAAGUUACUCAUCAUUGGCAUUUUCAA